CCGGCCGCUAGUCUCUGUCCGAACAGGUGCUCGCCUAUCGUACCACGGUACCAUCUCAAAAAAGUACCGCUGCAGCGCGCGGUUCACUCUUGAUUUUGGCGCGAGUUCGAAUGAAAGUAUUGUCGCGAUUGGUUCUUCGGUAUUUGGCAAAAGUGUCAUUGUUGUUAGAAGAAGAAUAGGUUAAAAGAAGAAGAAAUUUAGAAGAAGACAACUGGUGAAGGUACUUCGCGGACAGUGAAUUGAUUUUCAUGUAAAUUUGAGACAGGUUUUCAGAAAGAAAUCGAGAAUGGCCAAGGCAGCUUCAACCAAACAAUCCAAGACGCCCAAAGAAGAGAACCACAAAAACAAUCAUGAAUCAAAGCCAAAAGAAAAAUCGGUGGAAUCGAUGAACUGGACGGAAAAAUACUAUUUCCUCAAAGAAAACAUUACGGUAGAACCUAUGCUGGCUUGCUACAUCAUACCGAGCGUUUUCGCCAGCCUGGCCACUCAAAAUCUGAACUUGGAAAAGGCCUGUAGAGUUAAUUUAGGUUAUUCGACUGAGGUCUGUGAUGCUCUUAGUGCUAGGAAUACACAAAACUACACAGUAGAAGAAGAACAAGUACAACAAUUAGUAGCUUCGAUGGGAGUAUGGAAGACCAUUCUCCAAAGUGCACUUCCCGCUUUUCUGAUCAUGUUCGUGGGGUCAUGGAGUGACAGGUGGGGCAAAAGAAAACCCUGCAUGAUUCUGCCCAUCGUGGGUGAACUGCUCACGUCCAUAGGACUCAUAGUUUGUACAUAUUUUUACUACGAACUGCCCAUGGAAGUGGCUGGGUUUGUAGAAGGCCUUUUUCCAGCAAUGACCGGUGGCUGGUUCACCAUGUUCAUGGGCGUUUUCAGUUAUAUCGCCGACGUCACCACGGUCGAAAUGAGGACGCUUCGAAUCGGGAUAGUGAACGUGUUCUGUUCCCUGGGGAUUCCCGUGGGGCUCGCGCUCAGUGGCGUUCUGUACAAAAAAAUCGGGUUCUACGGUGUGUUCUCCAUAUCUUCAGUGUUGUACGUGAUGGCGAUCUACUACGGCUACACCAAGGUGAAGGAACCGAAGAAGAUCGACAUUCCGGUGUUGAAGGAUGUGCCGUGUGCGUUUUUGAGGGAUUUCUUCGAUGUGAGGCAUCUAGUUGAUACCUUCAAGGUGGCGUUCAAGAAUGGACCGAAUAACAGGAAGAUGAAAGUGAUGCUGCUGAUGUUGGUGGUGAUGGUUGUUAUCGGACCAAUGCAUGGUGAAAUGAACGUUUCCUAUUUAUUUACCAGAUUCCGUUUUAAUUGGGACGAAGUUGACUACAGUAUAUUUUCUACAUACAGUAUGAUAACAAAUUUAGUAGGAACUUCGGUAUCAGUAGGUAUUUUCAGCCAUUUGUUGAAAAUAGACGAUGGUAUCAUAGGAAUUUACUCGUCAAUGAGCAAAAUUUUAUCAAGCUUUGUGUAUGGCUUUGCAAAAACAUCUUUAGUAUUUUACUUAGGUGCAAUUGUUGAAAUUUUAAAUGGCACUUCAUUCAUCGCUAUGAGAUCGAUAGCAUCUAAACUAGUACCUUCGGACGAAUUGGGAAAAUUGAAUUCUCUAUUUGGUGCCUGCGAAGCCUUAAUGCCAUUAGUUUAUGGACCUAUGUACAGUGCAACAUACGCAGCUACCAUCCAGUCCAUGCCUGGAGCCUUCUUCAUAUUGGGUGGCAUUCUAACAACACCGGCAGUUGUUAUAUUUGGAUGGUUCUAUCUUCAGCAUAGAAAAGACGCCAAACUUGCUGCUGGUAAACCAGAUGAAGAAAUCGUAUCCAAAUUGGACCAUUCCAUUCCAGACGUGGCAGUUUACAGCAUAGCACCCAUCGAAGUCCAAGUUGGAUCACCCAUUCUGAAUGGUUUUAGGAAAACCAUGGACAAGCAUACAGAAAAUGGCGGGGUCGUCAAUAUGGCCUACGAAAAUGAAAAUUCAAAACAUUGAGUUCAAUAACUGUGAUUUAGAAAAAAAAAACAUCUAAGUUUUGUUUAAAGAAAAUCAGUUUUUUUUCAAACGUCACAGAAGUAUUAAUUUUUGCGACGUGAUUGACAAUACAAAAACGUCAUUUUAACGCCUAGGCAUAAAAGUGAAGCACUUUUACGCCUAAGCACAAAAGUACGAAAAUAUAUUAUUAAACUGACACAAAGUGUCAAAUUGAACGAGCUUAACCAUAGUUUCUCGAUAUAUAAUUACUUACAAGGUCUUAAUUUUGCAUAUUUUUAUAUAAUUUGCAACGUUGUUUUGUUUAAAAAAUUAUUUGUGACGUUUGAAAGCAUGUUCUAUUCGGAGUAAAAAUGACUUUUUGUGUCUCGCCUGUAAAAUCAAACGUUCGCCACAAAAAUUGUCAUUUUUACUCCUAAUAAAACAAUAUACUAUUUUUUCCAUAGCAACUAUUAAAAUUGCCUUAUAUCUAUCAAAAAUAGUAGAUAAAAUAGUACUUUGACCGCAAGGGUAAAUCAAUUUUAAAUAAUUCAUUACCUGAUUAAAUGAUACUUUAACAGCAAGGAUAGGUUAAAAACUUGGUAAUAGUUGCAUAUACGGUUUUCGGCUAUUUUUGUAUUAUAUGGAAAAAAAAUUAUAUACUCACAUUCUAUUGAUCUUAUAGAUUGUAAAUAUGCUGGGGGAGAAGAGAACUUGUGUUUCUUUAAGUAUUUUUUCAACCAAACAAACUUACGGGACCGGGGAGCGAAUAGGGGUGCUGGGCGGGGUAUAAGCGUACAAACUGGGUAAAAUAUGACAUACAAAUAUAGAAAAAUUAGUUAUGAAAACUUUAACACUUGAUUUGACAUGACACCGACAAAAGGGAAAGCAAUGUUGCCAGUGCCAUUGAAUUUUCUUUAAAAUUUUUAUAUCUAUUGCAAAAAUCAAACUAAAUUAAAUAAAACAAACAUUGAAAAAUAUAAUAAUAAUAUUCUAUAAAUUGAAGUGUCUAUUCUAAUGCUGUUAAGGCAAACAUAAAGAGCUUGAGUUGAGGAAAAAUGCAAUUUUGGUAAAAUAAGAAAAAUAACAAAGAAUCAAACCAAACAAGACCAACCCAAUCUAAACCAAACCAACUAAAACAAUACCAACUAAAACCAAACCAACCAAAACGCUCAGUGUGUUUUCAUUGCUAGAGCUAUAACUAAGAAAUUCUCUAUACCGCUGGCGCUGGUGGCGAUUUAGCCAAUAUGUUAAAGUAAGUAAAAAUAUAAAUAAAAACAUUUUAGAACCUAUGACGUCAUUUUUCCCUUU